AGGAAGGCAGGGACCCGGGGCAAGGCCGCGGCCACCAAGCAGGCCCAGCGAGGCUCUUCCAACGUCUUUUCCAUGUUCGAACAAGCCCAGAUCCAGGAGUUCAAGGAAGCUUUCAGCUGCAUCGACCAGAACCGUGACGGCAUCAUCUGCAAGUCGGACCUUAGAGAGACCUACUCCCAGCUCGGGAAGGUGAAUGUUCCAGAAGAGGAGCUGGACGCCAUGCUGCAGGAAGGGAAGGGGCCCAUCAACUUCACUGUCUUCCUCACACUGUUCGGGGAGAAGCUCAAUGGGACAGACCCCGAAGAAGCCAUCCUGAGCGCCUUCCGCCUUUUUGACCCCAGUGGCAAAGGCGUGGUGAACAAGGAUGAGUUCAAGCAGCUUCUCCUGACCCAGGCAGACAAGUUCUCUCCAGCUGAGGUGGAGCAGAUGUUUGCCCUGGCGCCCAUGGACCUGGCAGGGAACAUCGACUAUAAGUCCCUGUGCUACAUCAUCACCCACGGGGACGAGAAGGAGGAGUGA